AUGCUUCGCCCACGCACUCUCCGGGCUCUGCCCAGGGGUCUGCAGCAGCCCGCCGUCCGAACCGUCUCGCGGCGCACCUUCUCCUCUCGCCGGCGCAACUCGUCGUCCCGCCCCGACGAAAAGUACCGCCUCGAACGCCCCGACGAGGCACGCUCCAACUACGACCGCGACCGCGCCUACUGCCUCGGCUGGAGCGCUCUUUUUGGCCUCAUAUCCUUGAUCUACACGUGCAACAUAAUCCGCAAGGACCUCGCCGUCCACUACAAGCGCAAGGCCGCCCUCGACAAGGCCACUCUCGAAAGGGCCGCCUUCAUAAAGGCCGCCGCUGAAAAGAAUCGCAACAGCUACCAGGACGGCGACGGACAUCACAACAGUGACGGCUACGACGACAUUUACAGCAACAAUGACGACAUUGACAACAACAACAACGGAUCCGGCUUCCAGCUCGACUCGUCGGUGCCGACCGAGACCUUCAAGACCGAGGCCGGCAGCAAGCGCAAGGUCGUCAUCCAUGAUGACGAGGGCAGGGAGCUCGUGCCCACGGGGAACAAGACGGUGCCCACCUUCCCCCGGACCAUCGACCUCUCCCUCAGCCAGCCGCACCGCGACGACCCAGCCGCCGCGCCCAUCGCCGCCUCCGUGGCCGACUCGGACGGCGUCGAGUACACGCUCGUCGGUCUCGGCAUCCGCACCGUCACCUUCCUGGGCAUCCAGGUCUACAUGGUGGGCUACUACGUCGCCACCGCCGACGUCGCCCGGCUGCAGCGCCACCUCACCCGGAAGAUCGACCCCAUCGCCACGACGCUCGUGCCCUCGGAACGCGACAGCCUCAAGGCCAAGCUGCUGGACCCCCGGGAGGGCGAGGCGACGUGGUCGGAGCUCCUGCAGGAGGUCGGCUGCCGCACCGCCUUCCGCAUCGUGCCCGUCCGCGACACCGACUUCCCCCACCUGCGCGACGGCUUCGUGCGGGCCAUCACGGCGCGGUCCGCCGCCGACAAGACGGCCUACGGCGACGAAGCCUUUGGCGAGGCCAUGCGCGAAUUCAAGAGGCUGUUCAACCGGGGCAAGCUGCAGAAGGAGCGGGAGCUGCUGCUCUGCCGCGACGGCAGCGGCGCGCUCGAUGUCGUCCUCGACGACGGCACGAGCUCCGGCAGGCAGACGAUCGGCAGGGUGGAGGACGAGCGCGUCUCGAGGCUGCUGUGGCUCAAUUGGCUGGCCGGCAAGAGCGUCGCCUCGGAGCCGGCGCGGCACAGCAUCGUCGACGGCGUCAUGGAGUUUGUCGAGAGGCCCGUCGGCACCGUCGCGACGCAGGUCGUGUGA